AUGAAUCCUUCAAAGAAUUCAAAAGUUUAUCACUUUCAUAUAGAGUGGGAAGACGAUUAUUUUUUUACUCAAGUGAAAGGCAAGUGCAUAUGUCUAUUGUGCCACGCAAGUAUCGCAGUUGGAAAAAAAGGUAACGUCGAAAGACAUUUUAAUAGUACUCAUCCGAAAAUAAACACAGAAUAUCCCGCCAAUAAUAGCAUCCGAAAAGAGAAAGUGAAACAGUUGAAAAAUCAAUUAGUUAGGCAGCAGUUUGUAUUAUUACAAGUCAGCGAUAAAACUAAAGCCACCACUCUAGUUUCUUACAAAGUGUCUCAAGUUAUUGCCAAAAAGAAGAAACCCUUUGAAGAUGGCGAGUUCAUCAAGGAAUGUUUUGUAGAAGCUGCAAACUGCCUAUUUGAAGGUUUUAAAAAUAAAUACGAAAUAAUGUCGGCUAUAAACUCCCUCCAGCUUUCAUCGCGAACCGUAACUAGACGAGUGGAAAAUAUGUCAGAUGUUGUUUCCCAGAUGAAGACGGACUUACAGCGAUGUAUUUUCUUCUCCUUACAAUUUGAUGAGUCCACAGAUAUUAGUGAUACGUCCCAACUAGCCAUAUUUGUCAGAAUGAUAUUCGAUGAUUUUACUUCUAAGGAAGAACUUGUUAAAAUUAUUCCUUUAAAAGGGCCGACUCGAGGUGAAGACAUAUUUUCUUCCGUUAAAGAUUAUUUUAUCUCUGAAUACAUUCCACUUCAGAAACUGGUUGGCAUUACAACUGACGGAGCCCCAGCGUUUACUGGAGUGCAUAACGGAUUCAUUGCCCUUUGUCGCAAAGAUGACACGUUUCCAAAUUUUUUAACAUACCAGUGCAUCGUGCAUCAGCAAGCACUUUGUGGUACAUUUUUAAAUGCCGACAAUGUUAUGAAGGUCGUUGUUAAACUUGUAAACCAAGUAAGAGCUCAUGCUUUGCAGAGAAGAAAAUUCCGAACUCUAAUUGCAGAAAUGAAUCUAGAAUACGGAGAAUUGCUUCUGCCUACAGAGAUACGCUGGUUAAGCAAGGAGAAGAUUCUUCGGCGCUUUUAUGAGCUCCUACCAGCUUUAAUCGCUUUUCUUAAGGAGCGUAAAGAAGACUACUCAACACUAGAAGAACCCGAAUGGUUGAGAGAUUUUGGAUUCUUGACCGAUGUCACAGGAAAGCUGAAUGAACUAAAUUUGCAGCUUCAGGGUAAAGAAAAAAGUAUUCUUCAAAUGAUUUCCGAAGUAAAGUCAUUCAUUGCGAAACUUGAACUAUGGGAAACAAAUAUACUUGAAGGAAAUUUAAAACAUUUUCCUUGUUUAAAAGAAGUAAUCGAAAAAGAAGUAGUAAACGUUACACAGGAGAGGACAUAUAGAAAUGUUGACCAGACUGAGGCAUGA